CGCUCGACAGUUCAUUCCUUCUUUGUAAUUCCGAAUCGUAGGGUCCCGGACUCAACGUUUUGCUAUUGCCUCCUCGUCUGGACAUCAUCAGGACUUUUUAUUUCUCUCAUCUUCGGUCGUUCAAGAGCCGCAAUAUGAAGUCGAUCUUGUGUCUUUUAUUCUUUGGAGUUGUCGCUGUGACGGCACAGAGAAGAUUGGCUCUACCGGACCCCAGGAGUUGUGCAAAUCGUGUUCGUCAUGCCUCGUACAGAGACGCCAGAGGUGUUGCACACUCUUACUUCUUCAGUUGGGAGCAUCAGCCCACUAGGAACCUCGAGGUUGACUGGUUGGAUGCACGUAAUAUCUGUCGUCGUCAUUGCAUGGAUGCAGUAUCAAUGGAGACACCCCAGGAGAAUGAAUUCAUAAAGCAGAGAAUUGCUCGAGGGAACGUCAGGUACAUCUGGAGUUCUGGACGCAAGUGCAAUUUCAAUGGCUGUGACAGACCUGAUCUCCUGCCUCAGAAUAUCAAUGGAUGGUUCUGGUCAGGAUCUGGAGCGAAAAUUGGUCCGACUACUCAAAGAAACUCUGGGGAUUGGAGCAACACUGGGGGAUAUGGACAGGCACAGCCUGAUAACCGUGAAGCUGCACAGGGUAAUGACGAGUCCUGUCUGGCAAUCCUUAACAACUUCUACAACGAUGGCAUCAAAUGGCACGACGUUGCUUGUCACCACCUGAAGCCUUUUGUCUGCGAGGACAGCGAAGAGCUCCUCAACUUUGUUGCAUCGCGAAACCCUGGAAUUCGUCUAUAAGUGAUCUAAGAACUCAAGGUGGAUGAAAUCAUCGCACGUCUAGACAUAGAGAAUAUUAAAAUCGAGACAGUGGUCUUCGGUUGUCCUCGUACAUUACCGCAAACCUAUUUAUGACGUACUAACUUGUGAGUUUAUUUUCCUUCGAUUUAUUCUGAUGUUCCACACAUGGUUAUUUUGGUCUUCGCGAUGAUGAUCACUAGGUCGGAAAUAUGAUUUUCGGGUUACUGUUUCAUUCAAUACUCAUGUACAAUUCUAUCGACAAGUUUUAUUGUUUGGUCUCCUGUCUCUGUUUUUCUCUUAUAACAAUUAGUCAUAUGAUAGUUGGUUAAUUGUACAUGUAGAAUUGUGUAUUUUUUUAUUGUGAAAAUAAAUGAAAUAUUUGUA